AUGGCUGGGACAAGUACUCCAAAAUUGGCAGCAGCUGUAUCAAAUGCUGGAGGCUUGGGAUCGAUUGGAACUGGAGCUAUGAAUGCAGAUAAUGCACGAAAGGCCAUUCAACAAGUUAAAUCACUCACCAACAAUCCAUACAAUGUCAAUCUCUUUUGCCAUCAAAAAGCAAAGAGUGAUGCUCAAGUUGAAAAAGAUUGGAUUGCACAUUUGACCCCAUCGUUCAACGAAUUUCAUGCCAAGCCUCCAGAUUCUUUGCGAGAAAUAUACAAAAGUUUUCUGGAGGAUUCAAAAAUGUUUGAAAUGCUUUUAGAAGAAAAACCACCAAUUAUCAGUUUUCAUUUUGGAUUACCACACCAGAAACAUAUUAAAGAAUUUCAUAAGAAAGGCAUUUUUCUCUUUGCAUCUGCUACAUCGUUGAAAGAAGCAAAACUCGUUGAAGGUGCUGGUAUUGAUGCAAUUGUUGCACAGGGAUAUGAAGCUGGAGGACAUCGAGGAAUAUUUGAUUUGAAUGAAUAUGAUGAAUGUUUGGGGACAAUGUCUCUUGUUCGUCUGUUAGUCAAGAACUGUCAUCUUCCUGUAAUUGCUGCUGGUGGGAUAAUGGAUGGAAAGGGAAUUAAGGCGGCGCUGACUUUAGGAGCACAAGCUGUGCAAAUGGGAACAGCUUUUAUUGGAUGUCCAGAAAGUGCUGCUGAUGAUGCAUAUCGAAAAUUGUUGAUUGAGAAAACCAAAGAAACAACGAUGACAAAAGCGAUUUCGGGGCGACCAGCAAGAGGCUUUCGAAAUCGACUCACUGAAUUGGGGACAUCAAGUAAAGUUCCAAUUCCGGUUUAUCCAAUAGCUUAUGAUGCUGGAAAAGCUCUGCAUGAAGCGGCAAAAUCAAAAGGAAAUUGUGAAUUUGGAGCUCAUUGGGCAGGUCAAGGGGCUAAAUUGUCGAGAGCGUUGCCAGCUGCUGAACUUAUUCAAGUGUUGCAAACAGAAAUGGAA